CUGAAGGCAAGGCAAAGGGGCCACCAGCUCUGUGCUGGCAGUUAAAGGGUCACAUAAGCUGUGUUUCCAGUGAACGGCUUCACAACAGUUAGUGCUCAUUAUUCAUUCUUCAACUCAUCAAAGAGAGAAAGAGUAUUAGCAACGGGAGAGCAGCUGAAAGGCUGCCGUUAAGGGAUCAGCCAUGCUUGGAGGCAUCCGCACAGAUUUGUUGGUCACAGUCACUCUACUCGCUCUAACUCAGACGGGAAUUCAAUGCAGAGCUGAAAAUGACUUUUCAUUAGUUACUUUACCAGAAAGGAGACCAACAUCAGAAUUUAUUACACAGUGUCACUACGAAACAAAUAACAGACCGAUUUGUGACUGGACAAGGAGCCAAGGUAGAAAAGAAGUUGUAGUGGAUGUUUUAGAGAGUCCUCCACUGGAAGUAGAGGGAGAGGCCUGUGUAGAGUUCUGGUACCUCGCCCCAGUGACACCUAAAGGGUCUGAACUCCACGUUCUGCUAAAAAGCAGAACUGGUCUGGUAGAAAUCUGGGCCUCUCCUGCCAUCCCACAAGAUGCAUGGAGACAAGUGUUUGUGCCUCUGAAAAUCAUUGAACCAGGGACACAGGUUGUAUUUGAAGAAGUUCAAGCACAGUCUCCACAGGAAAAGAUCACAUUUAAACAAAUACAUGUAAGAAGAGGCUCUUGUGGACACCAGUGUGAAUCUAACACAGAGCUAUGGACAGACGAGUUCACUCGUUGCCUCUGUUCUGCUGGCCAGUUCCUCUGCUUUCCCUCUCAGUGCCCUAAGGGCCAAAUCUGUGGUCCUGAAACACGAAGGUCCAGUGGGAAUCCCACUUCUGGGAUAUGCACUAUACACAGACACACAGACUGCAGCACUUUUGAUGGAGUGUUGUUCCGCUUCAUGGCACCCUGCGCCUAUGUACUGGCUAAGACCUGCUCACCCACUGAAGCCCUGCCCGAGUUCAGUGUGGAAGUGGUCAAUGAGCAGAACGGCAACGAGUCUCUGCCGACUGUCCAGCGAAUCAUUGUGAACCUUGGGAACAUCAGAGUGUUCCUGUUGAAAGGGCAGACACACAGAGUUGUGGUUAAUGGGGUGUGGAAGAAGGUUCCACUCAGCCUCAGUAGCGGCACCAUCAACAUCAACAGCAACCCUGCAGCUGUUGUCCUUGCAACCAGGUUUGGUCUUUCUGUCUCAACUGACAACUCUGGUGAUAUCCAUGUCGUCCUCCCAUCUACCUACUCUGACAAGGUCUGUGGCUUGUGUGGCAACUUCAACCAUCUCACAGAAGAUGACUUGCUCAUGCCUAAUGGUACAAAUGCAGAAGAUGCUACAGAUCUAGCAGAGAGCUGGCAGACCGGGGAAUCUACGUCCUCCUGUGAAACCAUUCUGGUGCCGAAUCAGUGUGACCCAUUGGAGCAGGCUGAGUAUGCCAGUGAGCUGUACUGUGGAGGCCUCCUCUCCAGCACUGGGCCCUUUGCUGACUGCUUAUCAGUUGUUGGGGCAGAGAGCUACUUCAGAAGUUGUGUGUUUGGCAUGUGUUCUUCUCAUGGUGACCCAGUGGUGCUGUGUGAGACGUUACAACUAUAUGCUGACGUCUGCCAAAAGGCCGGAGGUGCAAUACCGACAUGGAGGAACUCAACAUUCUGCCCCCUUCAGUGCAGUGAGAAUAGCCACUAUAACUCAUGUGCUGAUGGCUGUCCUGAGGUGUGCUCCAGUCUAGAUAUAGUUGGCUCCUGUGGAAGCUGUGAAGAGAGAUGCGAGUGUGACUCUGGUUUCAAGCUCAGUGGGAAAAAGUGCGUCCCAGCAGAAGAUUGUGGCUGCUGGUAUAAUGGAACACACUAUGAAAAAGGUGAAACGCUCGUGGAGGGAGAUUGUGUGCAACAGUGCCAGUGCAUGGGCAAUGAUGCCAUGCAGUGCAGCCCAAUGCACUGCACAGACAGUGAGGUUUGCAAGGUUGACAAUGGGGUCAAAGGCUGCUUCCCUUUCAAAUCUGUCACUUGCAGUGUGUAUGGUGACCCACAUUACAUCACCUUUGACAAGCUGGAAUAUCAGUUUCAAGGGGGCUGCAGUUACACACUGACUACCACAUGUAGCGGAGAAAGCUCAGUCCAGUUCUCUGUAACUGGAUAUAACAUGCAUCCUCCCCAUCAGAACUUCACCAGGUCCAAGCUAGAAGCUGUGGCUCUUGAGGUUGAUGAGCUGUUCCUCACCCUGAAUCAAAGCGGAGAGGUCUAUGAGCACAACAACCAUGUCCAACUCCCAUAUUCAAACAGUGGUGCAUAUGGCUCAGUUUCGGUCUACAAGAAGAGUAAUUAUAUUAUCUUGGAGACAACAUUUGGGCUCAGAAUGGGGUUAGACAUGGAGAACAGGCUGUUCCUGCAGGUUGAUGAGCGCUACAAAUAUGAACUGUGUGGACUGUGUGGCACCUACUCUGGACACCAGGACGAUGACUUUUUAAAACCAGGAGGCCAAAGCGCCACUGACGCAUUUGAGUUUGGAGACAGCUGGAGGGUGCCAGACAAUAAUGAGUGCAUCGUCUACCCAAAUGAUCCAAGACUCUGUGAUUAUGAUGAGGAGAAUGAGGCCUAUAAUGAAUGUUCUGUACUUUUCGGGGAUGCCUUCAAAGCCUGCCAUGAACAUAUUCAUCCAAGCAUCUACCUCAACAGCUGUAUAUAUGACUACUGUCCCACAAGUGGUGACCAACACACUCUAUGUGAAUCUCUCAAGUCUUACGCAGCAGCAUGCCAUUUUGCAGGAGUGAAACUUCCCCACUGGGAGACUGGCACAGUCUGUGCUAACCCCCCAACCACAGCAGUUUCUCCAACAAGUCCAACUCCUACUUCUUCAACUCCAGAUCAUACGUUGUGUCCUGUGAAUUGCAACUUUGAAAAUAAUUUUUGUGGAUGGGAGCAGCUCGUACAGGACAGUUUUGAUUGGACAAGACAUUCAGGCCCCACACCAUCGCAUCUAACUGGGCCAAACCAAGAUCAUACCACUGGAGCUGGUUUCUACGUGUACCUUGAGGGAGACAGUGUAACUCAUGGAGACUCUGCCCGUUUGUUGAGCUCAGUGUGCCACAACAAUGGCCCACUCUGCCUGGAAUUCUGGUAUAAUAUGUAUGGCUCAGCCACAGCCAUGGCCCUCAAUAUUUACCUGCUCAAAGACAAUAAAGCUACAAAGCUCUGGUCCAUGUUGAACAACCAGGGACCAGAAUGGCAUCGGGGAAGUGUUAAUAUUACAGUCUCUGGUCCAUUUCAAAUCAUAAUGGAGGGAAUUCGUGGCUCUACGGCUGAAUCAGAUGUGGCCAUAGAUGACAUUUCCAUCCAUCUUGGCACAUGCUCAGGUAUCAUUCCUGGUCUUGUUAGUGGAACUGAGCUUCCUUCAACAACUGCAGACAUCGUCCCGCCACACCCCAUCUGCAAUCUUGACUGCAGCUUUGACAGCAACCUUUGCAACUGGAAUCAGAUGGUCACAGAUGCUUUUGACUGGACGUGGCAAAAAGGGUCCACCCCCACCCUGAUGACUGGCCCCGCUGCUGAUCACACCGGAGAUGGCCAUUACAUGUAUAUUGAGGCCAGUAGCGUGACACAUGGAGACACGGCUCGUCUCAUCAGCUCUGAGUGUUCUGACUCUGGUCCUCAGUGUCUGCAGUUCUGGUACCAUAUGUAUGGCUCAGCAAAUACAAUGGGCCUCCAUGUUUACCUGAUCCAGAACAGAUUGGCCACUGCUGUCUGGCGGAAAAGGAAUGAUCAAGGAAAUAUGUGGCACCUGGCUCAGGUUGACUUGGCAACAACUGCAGCAUUCCAAAUCAUUUUUGAAGGGCGUAGGGGUUCUAAUGAUCAGUCGGAUGUGGCCAUAGAUGAUGUCUCACUUCACCGUGGACACUGUGCAGAUCUGGCUAAUCCAACAACUCCUGCUGCCACAGCUAGACCACAACCACCAAGCACAUAUCCACCACUGCCAGAAACAACAGCUAGACCACAAUCACCAGAGCCAGAAACAACAGCCAGACCACAACCACCACAGCCUGAAACAACAGCUACACCACAACCACCAAGCACAUAUCCACCACAGCCUGAAACAACAGCCAGACCACAACCACCAAGCACAUAUCCACCACAGCCUGAAACAACAGCUAGACCACAACCACCAAGCACAUAUCCACCACAGCCUGAAACAACAGCUAGACCACAACCACCACAGCCUGAAACAACAGCUACACCACAACCACCAAGCACAUAUCCACCACAGCCUGAAACAACAGCUAGACCACAACCACCAAGCACAUAUCCACCAGAGCCAGAAACAACAGCUAGACCACAACCACCAAGCACAUAUCCACCAGAGCCACAAACAACAGCCAAACCACAACCACCAGAGCCAGAAACAACAGCUAGACCACAACCACCAAGCACAUAUCCACCACAGCCUGAAACAACAGCCAGACCACAACCACCAAGCACAUAUCCACCACAGCCUGAAACAACAGCCAGACCACAACCACCAAGCACAUAUCCACCAGAGCCACAAACAACAGCCAGACCACAACCACCAAGCACAUAUCCACCAGAGCCACAAACAACAGCUAGACCACAACCACCAAGCACAGUUCUACCAGAACCAGAAACAACAGUGAGACCACAACCACCAAGCACAUAUCCACCACAGCCUGAAACUACAGCUAGACCACAACCACCAAGCACAUAUCCACCAGAGCCACAAACAACAGCUAGAACACAACCACCAGAGCCAGAAACAACAGCUAGACCGCAACCACCAAGCACAUAUCCACCACAGCCUGAAACAACAGCCAGACCACAACCACCAAGCACAUAUCCACCACAGCCUGAAACAACAGCCAGACCACAACCACCAAGCACAUAUCCACCAGAGCCACAAACAACAGCCAGACCACAACCACCAAGCACAUAUCCACCAGAGCCACAAACAACAGCCAGACCACAACCACCAAGCACAUAUCCACCAGAGCCACAAACAACAGCCAGACCACAACCUCCAAGCACAUAUCCACCACAGCCUGAAACAACAGCUAGACCACAACCACCAGAGCCAGAAACAACAGCUAGACCACAACCCCCAAGCACAUAUCCACCACAGCCUGAAACAACAGCCAGACCACAACCACCAAGCACAUAUCCACCAGAGCCACAAACAACAGCCAGACCACAACCACCAAGCACAUAUCCACCAGAGCCACAAACAACAGCCAGACCACAACCACCAAGCACAUAUCCACCAGAGCCACAAACAACAGCCAGACCACAACCACCAAGCACAUAUCCACCAGAGCCACAAACAACAGCUAGACCACAACCACCAAGCACAUAUCCACCAAAGCCAGAAACAACAGCUAGACCACAACCACCAAGCACAUAUCCACCAGAGCCACAAACAACAGCUAGACCACAACCACCAAGCACAGUUCUACCAGAACCAGAAACAACAGUUAGACCACAACCACCAUCCACAGUACCACCAGAGCCACAAACAACAGCUAGACCACAACCUCCAUCCACAGUACCACCAGAGCCAGAAACAACAGUUAGACCACAACCACCAUCCACUGUGCCACCAGAGCCACAAACAACAGCGAGAUCACAACCAACAACCACUCCUCUACCAACACCUUCAUGCAGAGCAAACAGUCAUUACACCACUUGUAUGCCUGCAUGCAGUCCAACCUGUGCAGACCUGAAUGGUCCACCACACUGCAGUGACAACAUCAACUGCGUGGCAGGAUGUGUGUGUAAUGAUGGCUUUGUAAAGAAAAGGAGGGCUUGUGUGCCUGUGCAACAGUGUGGUUGUGUGGAUAGGGAUGGCACCAAAUACCAAUUCAACGAAGUGUGGUACACCAAUCACUGCAGUCAGAAAUGUGAAUGUGAGAAGGAUGAUGGCGUGGGGAAGAUUGACUGUGAUGACGAAGAUGACUGUGAUGGAAAUGCUGUCUGCCUUCAGAAUGAGAAUGGCGAUUAUUACUGCCAGUCUACAGGCUUCAGAGAGUGCACUAUCAACGGAGACCCUGAGUACAGAACAUUUGAUAAAAUGAAGCACGACUUUGAGGGUGAACAUUCGUAUGUGCUGGUCAGGACCAGCAACUUGCCAAAUAACCUUCCUGAUGUCUACAUCGAGGGUAUCAAUGAGCAUAUCGUAGAUGAUGAUGAUGAUAUUAGCAGUGAAGAAGACAACAGUCGCAGAGUCAGCGAAGAAGAUGAUGAAGAUGAAGAUGAUGAUAGUGAUGACGACAGCGAAGAGCAGGAUAACCGCCACAGAUUACAAGGGCUUAAGAUCCGAGUGUAUAAUUACACUGUGGAGUUCAAGAACAAACGGAAGCUAACAGUUGAUGGAAAUACAACUUAUCCUCCCUUCUCAUCGACUGCUGGUCUAAACAUCUGGGAACAUUCCUCUCACAUCUACCUGAAGACUGACUUUGGCCUGUCCGUGGAGUUUGACGGACACAGCUCAGCAGAGAUCAUUCUACCCCGCCUUUAUAAAAGGAAGGUGGGAGGCCUGUGUGGAAACUUUGAUGGAAACAGGAGGAAUGAUAAGAUAAAGCCAGAUGGUACCAGGGCCUCGAGCACUCAGGAGUUUGGAGAGAGCUGGAGAGUGUGAACAUCACAUGGAAGAGACGUGACAUUUGAAGACAGCCUGUGAAUGUUUAGCCUAUUAGUUGAUUCAUUGUUGUGUCAGUUUACAUGAAAACUCCACACUCAUAACUAUCAUUGUAUUAAAUAAUAACAGGCUGGUUUACACUUAUUUAGUUUGUUUUUUUUCUUACACAACACACACAAAUCAGAGCGGUGAAACAUUCUUAAACAUGGACAACUGUUUGCUGUUAUACACAACACAAAGAAUGUUCUAGUAGAUUUCCGAUUGUAUGCACUGUUUCUGGCAUUUCAAAGCGUUCAUGUGCGUUUUGAAAAAGUUACUCAAGUCUUUAAAAUCUUGGAGAUUUUUAUUUUUUUUAAGAAAUCUUUGUACUCACUGACAAACUAUUACUACAGCAUACACUGCAGGCCUACAGAGUAAUGUCUACGCUGCAACUAGUUAUACAAUAUAAAGUGUUUAAAUAAUGAAAACACAUGACUGCACAUGGAUUACUUAUCAUGAUGUGAUACUGCUAGAAACCAAUUAAAAUGUAUUGUAAAUAAUUACUGAAAAUGCUGCUUGCACUUUAUCAUAAUGUGUACUGGAUUACCAGCUUGUUGGUAAAUUUUCUGUUGAAUCCUCACUGUUCUAAUAAACAGGCACUGUGGUUA